GUUAUAAAAAGGUGACAACCGCCAGUUUGUUUUUAGGGGUGGCGUAAAACGGAUAAGUGAAGAAAUCAGAUGUAGUGACGUUACAAAUGCCAUGUUUAACAGGAAGAAGUUGAACUUUUCUGCAACGCUAGGCUAUAAAGUGGAGUAGAGUUAGGCUAUGUUGCUCCAGACCGGCGGACACAUCGCUUUUGUUUUGAACCUGACAUUGCUUUUAUGUCAUUUUAUAUAAGAAAACAUUAUUCAAGUCGGUUUCUUAUGAUUUUUAUCCCGCGGAUGCUUAACUCAUCAUGACAAAGGAAACUCUCAGGACCGUGGCAACCACGGCGACGCUUUUCUUCUGUUUAUGUUUUUCAUCUUUUAAAGCAGAGAUCCCUUCUUGCCACGGCGCCUACGACCUUUACUUUGUUUUAGACCGAUCUGGAAGCGUGGGCGAAGACUGGGGUCAGAUCUAUGACUUCGUCAAAAAUCUUACCGAGAGAUUUGUGAGUCCAAAUAUGCGAGUGUCCUUCAUAGUGUUUUCAUCAAGAGCAGAGAUUGUGUUACAGCUCACUGGAGACAGGGGAGAAAUUAAUGAUGGCCUGAGGAUUUUAAAUGAGGUCAAACCAGCAGGAGAAACCUAUAUGCAUGAAGGAAUGAAAUUGGCAUCUGAACAAAUAAAAGAACAAAAAAAGUCCUCUAGUAUCAUUGUGGCCUUAACUGAUGGAAAGCUUGAACCAUAUAUCCAUCAACUCACUAAGGAUGAGGCUGAAAUAGCAAAGAGUUAUGGAGCUCGUGUGUACUGUGUUGGCGUAAAGGACUUUGAUGAAGAACAGCUCGCCGAUGUGGCUGAUAAUAGGGAGCAAGUGUUCCCAGUCAAAGGAGGCUUUCAAGCUCUCAAAGGCAUCGUUAAUUCGAUCCUCAAGCAAUCAUGCACAGAGAUCCUAACAGUGGAGCCGUCCAGCGUCUGCGUGAACCAGUCCUUUGACAUUGUUUUAAGAGGGAACGGGUUCACACUGGGGAGACAAACAGAAGGAGUUGUCUGCAGUUUCAUAGUGGAUGGAGUUACUUACAAGGAAAAGCCAAGCAAGGUGAAGGAUAACUAUGUCCUGUGUCCUGCUCCAGUGCUGUAUUCAGUGGGACAACAAAUGGAGGUCCUGAUCAGUUUGAACAGUGGCACAUCGUACCUCACCAGUGCUUUCACCAUAACUGCCUCCUCAUGUUCAGACGGCACAGUGGUGGCCAUUGUGUUCUUGGUGCUCUUUCUCCUGUUGGCUUUGGCGCUGAUGUGGUGGUUCUGGCCUCUCUGCUGCACUGUCGUUAUUAAAGACCCACCCCCUCAAAGAACUCAUCGACCUCCACCUCCACCUAUACCAGAGCCAGACCCACUACCCAAGAAGAAGUGGCCAACUGUGGAUGCAUCUUACUAUGGAGGAAGAGGAGCUGGUGGAAUCAAACGCAUGGAGGUCCGUUGGGGAGAGAAAGGGUCCACAGAGGAGGGCGCACGGCUAGAGAAAGCCAAGAAUGCAGUGAUAUCGAUACAAGAGGAGGCCGAAGAACCCAUGAUCAAAAAGCCAACUGCAUCCCCACCCACAUACCAUCAACCUGAAUCCAAGUGGUAUACUCCAAUCAGGGGCCGCCUUGAGGCACUUCGGGCUCUUCUGCGGCGGCAGUAUGACCGAGUUUCGCUCAUGCGCCCAACGACCGCAGAUAAGGGACGCUGUAUAAAUUUCAAUCGGAUGCAGCAUCAAUAGACGACAGUCUCCGGUCUCUAAAAUACGUUGACUUCCAAGUAUAUCAGAUGGGACAACAGAAAAAAAGCAUCAUUUCCUCGAGAUGACAUAGCUUCUUUGGCCACUUUAGAGUAUCUUGGUUCAAUGCUUAAGUAUUGGUUUUCCAAAACGUAUAAUUCUGGUAUCUUUCAAGCUACUGAAUGGCAAGCAGAUGACUAAAUAGAUUAACCCCCCAAAAAGUGUCUGAUUUUGCAGCCGAUCUGGUUAGCUUUAUUGCACAGCAAAGGCUUUUUCAUGUUCUGACCAUAUUGUGCCUUCUGAGGAAAAAAACUAAUCUUAUGGACACAGACGGAGGCUAUUUCAGAGAAAAAAAGAAGAAAAAAAAGCAGAAUGAGAUGAGGCUCUUUGCCGUUGGCUGGGAAGUAGAACUAAUCCCAGUAGGCUCAUGGAGUGCAGAAGUACUUUGCCUCUUGGCAAUGUCUCUUCACAAAAAUCUCUCCAAGCCCACUAUCGUCGGAUGCCUAGCGGGGCUUCUUUGACUGGAGAUCUUGUCAUUUUAACACUGAGAAGUGCACACGCAUGACAAAUUGUAGACAGAAUGCCCUAAGGUAUUGGAUGCAGUAAGACUUUGCCCUUUAGUUUGUGAAGACACCUUUCUAUCAAUGCGAGGACAGCGCAGAGAAAUUAAUAGAGCGUUAUUGCACCGCGAGACACCCUGUGACCAUAGCUCUCCGGCAAGGUUUUGAGGGACAGAUUUAACUCUGGUGGUUGGUGCUUCCUCCCCACUUAUUUGGCAGUCUGUUCUGUGCUUACUAAUGCAUAGACCGUCACAAUUCAGAAACAUGCCCCUCAGUUAAAGGGUUUAAAGCAUCAAUACAACUGUCCAUCCAUCCGUUCUCAAAACAUUGUGUGCUCAAGUUCUCUUGGGAUAGGAAUAUCAAACUUUGAUUGAUGUAAAGGCAACUUUAGAGAUGUAUCUUUUGUAUGAGGUCUGACCACUUUAGAAUUUUGUACAAUUAAGGAGUUCCUUAGCUGUGCUAACAUGACACCCUCAUCCAAUAUACUCGAAAGAUCAAACCGAAAGGGGCGACGGACGGAUAAGUAUUGUUCAUUUCCAGAAAUUAUCCACGUCGCACUCCCCCCUCCACUUGCACACAGAAAAGCGAGCAAUAUAUAUUUAUUUUAGAUUUCUUUAACGCGCUGUCAUGACGACGAUCGUGAAUGAUGUCAGUGUCAGUGGAAACACUGUGGGGGAGGAAGGGGGCGGCAGCUGAAGAAAAAGGCUCGAACGAUCCAGUCACUUUCGAUACGCUACUUCAGAUGCAAAAUGGAUAUUCGAGUCGAAAUCUGACAAAGCGUGCCGGCUUUGACGGGAAGUGGUAUAGACAAUGACCAGUGGCUGGGUCAGUGGGAUGUCUCAGUGCAAGCAGGGAAGCUUAUCAAAUGACACUAAAAAUAAGUUCAACAACCAUCAAGUUUGAGGGGGGAACAGAAUGGGGCGCAGUCGCUCACAUUCGGUGGGCAUGCAAGUGUGCAAGAUGGCAGGACCAUCGGGGGGAAAAAGCCCUUGUUUAAUUAUUUCUUUGUUUCUAUCGUCAUAAUUGUAGGGACGUUCAUUAUUGUUCCCCUCCACCCCCUCCCAAAAAAAGAAA